AAUGAUCCAUAUCUUUUGAUUUCUUUGUACAAAAAUGACUUAAACUUAAGGUUUUUAUAUCUUACAGACUUGGUAUCAUUUAGAUGCCAAGAACUUAAAAGGCAUUGUAUAUUAGGAACACAUCUUUUUGUGGCAGACUUCAAAAAUGAUUGGAAUUAGCAUUUUCAUUAGUAACCAUAGCAACAGAUUUUUGCUUUGACCGUUGUGGCCAAUUUCUAUGUCAUUAUGGACAUUAGCAAUGUGUACUUGCUAUUUUAAUUUUGAAGUUUAUGUAACACUAGUAAAGAUAAGUUAAAAAUUUAAAUAUCUUGACAUGGAUAUUGUAUUCAAAAUUAGAACAGUUUUGUUCAAAUUGUUUUUUAGCGCUGUGUUUCAAAAUGUUUCAUAUGUUUUUUAAACUUUUGUGAAAUUUAACUUGAAACUUCAGUUUUAAUUUCUGAAAAUACUUAGUAUCAUAAAGAAGUCAAUAGGGCGCGUAAGUCUCGUUUUACUUUCACUUUCGGUUUCGGACUUCCGGGUACAUCACUGCCAUUUAUGAAAAUGGUGUAUUGUUAUGCUUUUGGCUGUACGCAUCGCACAGGGGGCAGACAGGCUUGUGGACUCUACAGAUUUCCGACUAAUGACAAGGACAGAAAGAAAUGGAUUGACAGAUGCAGACGGGCAGACAGGCCAUAUAACGGCAACGACCGGAUAUGUAGCUGUCAUUUUGUUGAUGGGAAGAAGGAGAAUGGUCCAACCAUCUUCAGCUUCAGUAAAGAUGUUGGCAGCUUUCCAGACCUGCCAACCCCAACAAGACGUAAAAAACGCAAGGUGGAAGAGGCUGUGGAACCAGAAAUUGACGUCCCUGAUACAGCCACUGGCAGCAACCAUGACCAUAGCGACAUAAAGCAGCCAUUGUCAGAAAUGGAUGAUAUGGAAGGUUCUACAGCGUGUUCAAAAUCUGUUCCACAGCUGGAGGAGCAGGUUGCAGAGUUAGAGAAUGAAAUCAAAACUCUUAAACUGUCGAAACCAAGACUGACGCUGCAAGAUAUCAUUCAUGAUACAGAUAAAAUGCUGUUGUACACGUCAUUCCCAACAGAUGUUUUUCAAGUGCUGGCGAGCAUGGUUCAGAGGAUGGCCCCAUUCAACUAUUAUGCUGGUUGGACAGUCACAUGCUUUAGCAUUCAGGAUCAACUUCUGAUGGCUUUGAUGAAACUAAGGUUGAAUUGUAAGGACCUAGAUUUAGCUGUCCGGUUCAAUACCAGCAGGGCAACUGUGUCUAAUGUUAUAAACACCUACAUAUCUGUAUUGCAUGAAAUACUACACGAUGGUGUUUUAAAGGCAGUAGGAAUUCCAAGCCAGCUGAAAUGCAAAGGCUCCAUGCCAAAAUCAUUUGAAGAUUUCACCUCUGCUAGAAUCGCUAUGGAUGCUACAGAAAUCAUACAAGAUGUGCCAUCAGAUAUGAACAGUCAGUCGCUGUCUUACAGCAGCUACAAAAGCAGACACACUGUUAAGGCUGUAACCUGUGUUGCUCCAAAUGGUGCACUUGUUUACAGUUCAGAUUUAUACCCAGGUUCCACAUCCGAUGCUGCAAUUGUCGAACAUUGUCAUGUUCUAGACCAGCUUCAGCCUGGAGAUCUAAUUCUAGCAGACAAAGGAUUUAAUAUAUUUGAUAAACUUCCAGCUGGUGUUUCAUUAAAUAUUCCACCAUUUUUAUCCAGUAAAGGACAUUUUACUAAGGAAGAGGCUGAAUUGUGUUUCAAAAUAGGAAGAAGUAGAAUCCAUGUUGAAAGAGCAAACGAAAGAAUAAAAAAUUAUGAUAUUUUAAAUCAUAUUCCUGCUCAGUAUAGACAUUUGUCAACCAAAAUAUUUCAACUAUGUUGCUGUUUGGUUAACCUUCAGGCACCAUUAUUGAAGGAAAUUGCUGAUAAAUAUGAGAUUUUGGAGUGAAACAGUAAACAACUAAAUGAAAAGAUCUUUCUUUUACUUCAGUU